UCAUCUCUUACCUGGAAUAUUCUGUCUCCAGCAUACAAGGCUCUACUUUUCUACCUACACUUCUAUUUAUAUGAUAACUCUCAUUUCUUCGUAACUCCAACUUUUAACCUUAUCAAAUUUCCACUCAUGGCAGCAUCAUUGGUCUGCUCCAACGCCGAACUCUCCCAACUCACCUCACUCUUCGGCCCCAACGCCACCAACGCCAACGGCGCCGCCUCUUUUAUCUGCGACCGCUUUUUAACCAUCGACAACAAAUUCAAAGAUGCAGCCUACGCCAUCGAUUCUACUUACCUCCUCUUCUCCGCCUACUUAGUCUUCUCCAUGCAGCUCGGCUUCGCCAUGCUCUGCGCCGGGUCUGUUCGCGCCAAAAACACCAUGAACAUUAUGUUAACCAACGUCCUCGAUGCCGCCGCUGGUGGCCUCUUUUACUACAUGUUUGGCUUCGCCUUCGCUUUUGGUACUCCUUCCAAUGGCUUCAUCGGCAGCCACAAUUUCGCUCUAAAGUCUAUUCCAUCUGAGAAGUUGGACUACAGUAAUUUUAUUUAUCAAUGGGCUUUUGCAAUCGCCGCUGCUGGCAUCACCAGUGGCUCCAUCGCUGAACGGACUCAGUUUGUUGCUUAUUUAAUUUAUUCCUCUUUCUUGACCGGGUUCGUCUACCCGAUUGUGUCUCAUUGGUUCUGGUCGGCCGAUGGGUGGGCUAGUGCAACAAACCUCGAUGAUCUUUUGUUCGGAUCGGGUGUUAUCGAUUUCGCCGGGUCAGGUGUGGUCCAUUUGGUGGGUGGUAUCGCUGGCUUUUGGGGUGCACUCAUUGAAGGUCCGAGAAUAGGACGGUUUGACCACUCGGGUCGGUCAGUUGCUUUACGAGGCCACAGUGCUUCGCUUGUUGUUCUUGGAACGUUUAUGCUCUGGUUCGGUUGGUAUGGGUUCAACCCGGGUUCUUUUAAUACGAUUUUUGUGGCAUACGAAUCGGGUUCUAAUUAUGGACAAUGGAGUGCUGUUGGAAGAACGGCCGUUACCACAACGUUAGCAGGUUGCACCGCGGCUUUAACUACCCUUUUCGGUAAAAGACUUUUGUCGGGUCACUGGAACGUUACCGACGUUUGCAACGGCCUGCUGGGAGGUUUCGCUGCCAUUACAGCAGGGUGUUCUGUGGUGGAGCCGUGGGCAGCAAUCAUUUGUGGGUUUGUGGCAGCUGUGGUUUUGAUAGGGUGCAACAAACUGGCAAAGAAGUUUAAGUUCGAUGAUCCAUUGGAGGCUGCACAGUUGCAUGGGGGGUGCGGCGCGUGGGGGGUGAUUUUUACUGCUUUGUUCGCUACUAAGAAGUAUGUGAAUGAAAUUUACUCGGGUAAACCGGGUAGGCCAUACGGGUUGUUCAUGGGAGGCGGUGGAAGGCUUUUGGGUGCCCAUGUGAUUCAGAUCUUGGUGAUUGUGGGGUGGGUGAGUGCCACAAUGGGGCCUCUGUUCUUUGUUCUUCACAAGUUGAAGCUGUUGAGGAUUUCAGCAGAGGAUGAAAUGGCGGGUAUGGACCUGACCCGACAUGGGGGGUUUGCUUAUAUUUACCAUGAUGAUGAUCAACUCCAAAACAAUGCGACAGAGUUGAGAAGGAUUGAACCUUCAACAGCAACACCGAAUUCAGUUUAGAUGAAUUGAAUUUUCUUUCUUGGUAAUUUUCUUUUUUUUUAACUUUUGUUUGGUUCGAUAUUUUAACGGUGUAAGAUAGAGUUAGGGCUGGUGGAUGUGUUAUUUGUUCAUUAUAUUAUAAUAUGAUAUGUUUGAUGUUU